AUGGAAUUAUUGGACACAAUAAAGGAUAGAACAAUAAAGUUAUCUCCAGCAAUUAGAUUAGAUAGGAUUAUUUAAGAGUCAGGUUUAGGGGAAUAUCGUGUGGGAACGAUUAUUGAUCAUCAAAAACUUGAAUGGCAUUAUAAUUAUUUAGAUAUAGAUGGAUUUGAGAUAUCAAGGGAAGAGUUGCUAGGCUAUACAUUAUGCGAGCUUCUUCACCUCGUAUAAUCGCUUUAAGAUCAGUUUUAAGUAUAGUGUGAAAUCAUAAGUGAUGCAAUUAUUGAUGAGAUCAAAGCCUAUGUAAAUAAGAGGAAAAAUAUCUUCAAUCUGCUGUAGUUUGAUUAAAAAGACAAAAAAUAGAUUUAGAAUUUCAAUAGAUAAUUUUUUGUGACACUUGUAGAUACCUUUGGAAAAGUUAAUAGUUAUCAUUCAGGAAUAGAAAAUGAGGAGCCAGACGAGAUAUAGCUUGUAGAUAGUUUCAAUUCAAAUCAGUUUAAUCCAAUUAAGCCUAAAAUAUAAUAAUGGAGUAACUUUCCAAAACAAAAAACUUAAACUUAAGCCUGCAUUGAUGAUAGAGACAUUGAUGAAAUUCUUGAUUAAAUUGAGGGUCAAGCUGCUAAUACAGAUAGAGCUAAAAAUAAAUUUAAUACAUUGAACUUCAUGGAUAAUACAACUAGAGUCAAUUUAAGAUCAAGCAAUCACUAUGGAGAUGAUAUUGAAGAGGAUAUCCCAGAAGAGAUCUGCGGUGAAAUAAAUGUACAAAUAGAUCCACCUACUUAGAUUGUUGAAAGCAGCAGUAACUUUGAUAGAAAUAUGAUAUUUGACAUACCUGAAUAGAUGAAUGGUGUAAAUAAAACUAGGACAAAUAUAGCCCCUUUAAAUCUCUAAACUUAAGAAUCUAAGCUAACUCAGUCAGAUAGAAGCGACCUUACCUCACUCACUAUGACAAUUGCAAAUAGGAACACUUAAAACAUCACGACUGAGAACUUUAAUGCUUAAAACAGAGCAUAACUUAAGUCUGAAUAAAUGAACAGAGGCAUAGAUGUUGAAAACUACUAGUUGAUAUAGGUAUAAAAAAGUAUUAUGGCUGCUAGUAAGAAUGUAGACAUAGAAGAUAGUUUAGAAAGAGAUGAUGAUUAUGAUAUAUUGAUGGAUAGUUUAAAUUAAGAACUAAUGGGUUCGCUAUUACAAAUGGAAGUAUCAGUAGAUCAACUGAAAGUAACUAAGACUAAGCAGAUUGGAUCUGGGACAUAAGCAGAUGUCUAUACUUGCUAUAUUAAUGAUGAUAAAAGCAAGGUGUUUGUAACAAAAACAAAACAAAUUAUAAAUAAUCAGUAGAUAGCAGAUUAGAUGCUAGUUAUGAUGAAGAGUGAAUUCGAUAUCGCAAAGGAUUUAAAACACCCUAAUAUCAUUCAAUAUCUUCACUUUAAUAUGUUUAAGAACGAAUAAAAGAGUGUGACUGAGAUCAAUAUAAUACUAGAAUACAUGUCAGGUGGCAAUUUGAGGGAAUAUAUUAAAGCUCAUGAGAAUAAGAUCGAUUUAGCUAAGAUAAAACUCAUUUCUAAGUAAAUUCUAGAGGGACUUGCUUACCUGCACAAUAAGAACAUCAUACAUUAGGAUUUAAAGCCUCAUAACAUCUUGUUUAAUAGCGAUUGGACAGUCGUUAAGCUAGCAGAUUUUGGAAUCUCAAAUCGUUUAGAAUGCACCAAAAAUACAAAAGCAGCCUAAAAUGGAACUCUCAGAUAUAUGUCCCCAGAGCAAUUAGAUAGUAAACUUACAAUUAAAAUAGAUGUAUGGGCAUAUGGUUGCAUUAUAACUGAACUAGUAACUGGAAUUUAACCCUAUUAAGGAGUUAAUAAUGAGUUUCAAAUUGCAAGAUUGAUUGAUAAAUAAAUUUCACCACUUGAAUAUAUUCGGAAAAAUAACUAAGCUGUAGCAAAUAAAGUUGAAUAGCAAUAAUUUGAUUAACUAAGAGAAAUCAUAGAGCUAUGCUUCAAAUUCCAACAUGAAUUAAGACCUAAAGCCAUAGAAUUACUUAAACACCCAUUUUUUAAUAGCUGA